UUGGCCUCUCCCUCAAUAUAAACACCGCCGGGAGUUUCCGUAAAAUCACAUUCAGCCGUCAAGACUGAACAAUGGUUAACAUGAGCUAUCACCAAUUUUUACUAAAAUAUCUACAUACGAAUUCAAGACAGUCGAGAAGGCGAGCGAAUAAACGAAAGAGGAAUUGUUGGGACAAUCUAUCUCCAACAAAUCUGCAGACUUGAUUAAGAGAGACUUUCUAAAGGUCCAGUGUGAACCGUGUGGCCGAGUAUCUGUGCGUUGCGACUGAUUGGCGAGAUGACUGCCGAGUGGCUACACCUGCCCCCGCCGUACCCCCCUGGUGUGGGGCCGUUGUAUGGUGCAGAGUUGGAGGCGUGGUAUGAGGACCUGCAGGAUAUUCUGGGCUCCGACACAGGAGGGGCAAAACUGGCACGUGCCCCCACAUGCACCGAGAAGGAGCCGGAGUUCCUGGAUGUUCUGGAGAGUUGUUCUCUGACAUGGCUGACUGACGGAAGCCAGACAUGGGGCGAGAGUGUCCAGAGGGCAACGGAGGAGAUCCACAGCACCCAGCCUCUGCAUCACACCUCAUCAUCAUCAUCCUCCUCCUCCUCCUCCUGCAUGAGUCCAGCUGUUGCAGAAGAGCGGCAGGUGGAGGCUGAGAGUGGUAGAAAUGGAGACAGUUCGGCAGGAGGUGGCAGUGACUUGCUGCCUCCGGAGUUCUUCGAGUUGCUGAGCGAAGGAGGAGUGGGAAUGGUGGAUACGAGCGGAGCAGUGAUCAGCGGUAGCUAUUAUUACCACCACCAUCAACACCAUCAGGCUAAUAAUGUCCAUCCUGCAUCUCCCUCAGCCAGUGAGGAGGAACUGCCCUGUGUCCCAGAUUCUCCAUCUUGCUCCUCCUCAGCCUCCCAAUCACCAUCUCAAAAUUGUUCUUCUCCCUCUUCACCCGUCUCUUCUCCAUCCGCCUACCCGUCCUCCCGCCUGGGAAAACGCAAGAGGACCACCAGCGAGAGGGCCACCAGUGCCUUGUCCUCUUUCGCCUCCUCCACACAGCGUUCAUCCUACUCGUCUACCAAAAAGAGUCGCAAAGAAAGAGAGCAGGAGAACGAGAGAAAGGUGCAGGAGCUGACAGAGCAGAAUGAGCGUUUGAAAGCAGAGAUUGAAAGGCUGGGAGAGGAGGUGCAGAGGACACGAAGAGCCCUGAUAGAGAGACUAGUCAACACCAGGAAAUGAGAGAGGUGGGGGAAGAGACAGGAUGGAAGAUAGGAAUAAAAGAUGACAGUUCCUACAGAAUUGGAAUAAGCAGUGGUGGGGAAAGGUGUAAAGUGGUGGUUAUGAAAUGCCUCUUUAGAAAAGAACGGAAACCAAAGAUAAAUUUUAUAAGUGAGUGGAUUUUUUUGAAAAGACAGAGAGGUAAUGAUGGCAAGAAGAAGGAAAGUGAUGAAAGUCAAGACAAGAAAGGGCACCGAGAGAAAGGGCUGCAACAGCAUUGCGGCAAAUAAAAAGACACAGCAUGUGUAAAGGAGAACAGACAGCUCUAAGUGCAAAUCAUGCAGUGAUUUAGAUGAAUGUCAGUUUUAAAGAAUGCCUAACUAGUUUCAUCAAAUGGGACUGCACAAAUAACAGUUCUGAGCAUUUGAUGAUUUGUAUGUAGGACAGAAAGGAACUUGAUUGAGAGAGUGCAUUUCAUUGUCAUCCGUUCCCACCAUUUUGCAAGAAAUUGUAACUCCAAUUUUAAGGGCUGCAAUCUGGCUAGCAGAGAUUAUUUGCCCCAAUUUGUGGAGAGUUUAGGAGCUCAGGAAAAGUUUGAAAGUGCCCAGUGCAGUGUGAGUAUGAGAGAAUGAUUUUUGUUCUAUUUGGAGGAAAGUUCAUACCCUUUUCUUACUUUUGUAUAAUCCUGGCUUGUGUGUAUGUGUAUUUAGAUAAAGCAAGUAGGACCCGGCUAUACUUUCUAAGCUGACCUUUUCUAUUAUUAUGGGAAUUUGUGGUAGAAUUAUUAAGGGUUGUUCUACCCUGAUUUACUAUUUUUAUAUAAUGUUGUAAAAUAUACAAUUGUACUGUAAUGGCUUGUACUGUAAUAAGCCAACAUAUCCCCUGUUAUUUUCUCACUGUAGUCCCAAAAAUUGUUAAUCGUAGAAUAAUAUGCAUGGCUUUUAUCACUGAUGGCAACAAAUUCAUGUAUUUUACCGUACCAUUCAUUUUAUCAUUCACUGUAAUUCCUAAUUUGCAAUAAAAGAAAAAAAAUGUGCA